UCGCCACCGCCGCCGCUCCCGGAGCCUCGCCUGCGCGGACCAGAAGGCGGAGACGCGCCCCCGGGGCGAAGCAGCAAGCGAGCCGGAGAGACGAGCGGGCGCCCCGCCGCCUCCCCCCUCCUCGCCUGCCGGUCCCUCCUCCCGGUCCCUCCCGCCGCUGCCUUCGCCUUUGCCUAAAUAAGGGCGCUCCUGCUGCGGCUGCUGCUGCCUCCGCCGCCGCCGCCGAGCCAAGCCGGGCCCGUCCCGUCCAGCAGGAGAGGCGCGCGGGGCGCCGGGCCGGCCGGACGCCGGCUUCCCGGGCCAGCCGCUGUCGGGGUGCCCCCAUGGGGCUGGGCGCCGCCCGGAGACGCCUCCUGCCCGACGCCUCCGCCGCGUAAGCCGGAGGGCAAAGGGCUGCUCUGCCCCGCCACCUGCGGGAGAGAGGCGCCCGGCCGCGCCGACGACGCCCCGGAGCCGGAUUGCGCGUCGCCAGGGCCCCCUUCGCCCCAGCACUUCGCCCAUUCGACCCCUGGGAGCGGCUUGACGGGCCCCAGCGCUGGGCCGCCCCUCGCACUCCGCGGACGGCCCCGGCUGCGUGUGGGGCGGGGGAGGCCGGGCCCCCCCAUGGGCUGACAGCAUGCCUGUCCGGCGCGGGCACGUGGCCCCCCAGAACACCUUCCUCGACACCAUCAUCCGCAAGUUCGAGGGGCAGAGCCGCAAGUUCAUCAUCGCCAAUGCCCGGGUGGAGAAUUGCGCCAUCAUCUACUGCAACGAUGGCUUCUGCGACCUUUGCGGCUACACUCGCGCCGAGGUCAUGCAGAAGCCUUGCACCUGCGACUUCCUCUAUGGGCCGCGCACGCAGAAGACCUCAGUGGCGCAGAUGGCGCAGGCCCUCCUGGGCUCCGAAGAGCGCAAGGUGGAGAUCUGCUUCUACCGGAAAGACGGGAGCUGCUUCCUGUGCCUGGUGGACGUGGUGCCAGUCAAGAACGAGGAUGGCUCCGUCAUCAUGUUCAUCCUCAACUUUGAGGUGGUGAUGGAGAGGGACCUUUUGACCAGCCCUGUCAAGAACACCAACCACUGGGUCUCCCCAGCCGCCUGGCUGCCCACAGGUCGGGGCAAGUCCUUCCGCCUGAAGCUUCCGGCGCUGCUGGCUCUGGCGGGCAGCAAGCAGUCUCUCCCGCAGGAUGACCCGGACGAGGCGGUGGUGGUGGUGGACUUCUGCAAGCAGAGCAGCGAGUCGGUGGCGCUGGACGAGGUCACCUCCUCGCUGGACAACAACUGCCUGGGGUGCGGGGAGCCGGAGGACAGGCAGGCACUGAUGGAGCGUGAAGGGGGUGGGGCCUCAGAGCCACCCGUCACCCACUCCUCCCCCCGGGCCGAGAAGACCCGCCUCAACCUGGACGCCUCCUUCUCCAACUGCAGCCUGACUCGCACCCGCUCCCGGGAGAGCUUCUACAGUGUGCGCCGAGCCUCCUCUGUGGACGACAUUGAGGCCAUGAAGGGCGAGGGAGAGAAGGGACGGGGGCACAGCCGCCAUGCCAGCACAGCAGGCGCGAUGAACAACGUCCGCAGCCACCUGUUGAACUCCACCUCCGACUCGGACCUGAUCCGCUACCGGGCCAUCAGCAAGAUCCCCCAGAUCACCCUCAACUUUGUGGACUUCAAGGCGGAGGCCUUCCUGACGUCGCCCUCCAACGAGAAGGAGAUCAUCGCCUCCAGCAAGCUCAAGGACCGCACCCACAACGUUACGGAGAAGGUCACCCAGGUCCUGUCUCUGGGCGCUGACGUCCUCCCGGAGUACAAGCUUCAGGCCCCCCGCAUCCACAAGUGGACCAUCCUCCACUACAGCCCCUUCAAGGCGGUCUGGGAUUGGCUGAUCCUGCUGCUGGUCAUCUACACGGCCAUCUUCACGCCCUACUCGGCCGCCUUCCUGCUGCACGACCGCGAGGAGCAGGCGUCCCGCUUCUGCGGCUACUCCUGCAGCCCCCUCAACGUGGUCGACCUCAUCGUGGACAUCAUGUUCAUCAUCGACAUCCUCAUCAACUUCCGCACCACCUACGUCAACUGCAACGAGGAGGUGGUCAGCCACCCGGCCAAGAUCGCCAUCCACUACUUCAAGGGCUGGUUCCUCAUCGACAUGGUGGCCGCCAUCCCCUUCGACCUGCUCAUCUUUGGCUCCGGCUCCGAGGAGACCACCACCCUGAUCGGGCUGCUGAAGACGGCGCGCCUGCUGCGCCUGGUGCGAGUGGCGCGCAAGCUGGACCGCUACUCGGAGUAUGGGGCAGCCGUCCUCUUCCUGCUGAUGUGCACCUUUGCCCUCAUUGCGCACUGGCUGGCCUGCAUCUGGUACGCCAUCGGCAACAUGGAAGACGAUACCAUCGGCUGGCUGAGCUCGCUGGGCAGCCAGAUCGGGAAGCCCUUCAAUAAGACCACCCACCACAUGGGACCCACCAUCCAGGACAAGUACAUCACCGCCCUCUACUUCACCUUCAGCAGCCUCACCAGCGUGGGCUUUGGGAAUGUCUCCCCCAACACCAACCCCGAGAAGGUCUUCUCCAUCUGCGUCAUGCUCAUUGGAUCCCUGAUGUACGCCAGCAUCUUUGGGAACGUGUCGGCCAUCAUCCAGCGCCUCUACUCGGGAACGGCCCGCUACCACACCCAGAUGCUCCGGGUGCGAGAGUUCAUCCGCUUCCACCAGAUUCCCAACCCCCUUCGCCAGCGCCUGGAGGAAUACUUCCAGCACGCCUGGUCCUACACCAACGGCAUCGACAUGAACGCGGUGCUGAAAGGAUUCCCCGAGUGCCUGCAGGCCGACAUCUGCCUGCACCUGAACCGCAGCCUCCUGCAGAACUGCCGGCCCUUCAAGGGAGCCACCAAGGGGUGCUUGCGGGCGCUGGCCAUGAAGUUCAAGACCACCCACGCCCCCCCGGGAGACACGCUGGUCCACGCCGGGGACGUCCUCACCGCCCUCUACUUCAUCUCCCGAGGCUCCAUCGAGAUCCUGCGGGGAGACGUGGUCGUGGCCAUCCUAGGGAAGAACGACAUCUUUGGGGAGCCCCUCAACCUGUAUGCCCGGCCCGGCAAGUCCAACGCAGACGUACGCGCCCUGACCUACUGCGACCUGCACAAGAUUCACCGCGAGGACCUCCUGGAAGUGCUGGACAUGUACCCUGAGUUCUCUGACCACUUCUGGUCCAACCUGGAGAUCACCUUCAACCUGCGCGACACCAACAUGAUCCCGGGGUCGCCCGGCAGCGACGAGAUGAACGGCGGCUUCAACCGCCUGCGCCGCCGCAAGCUCUCCUUCCGCCGCCGCACCGAGAAAGAUGAGGAGAUUCCGGGGGAAGGAAAUGCCCAGCCAAAAGGGUUCCACGUCGGCCAGAACUGCCAAGCUCCAGGGGCUCCCUGCGGACCCCCUAAAUGGGACCCCUGCCUCAGCAGCUCGGUGGCGUCCAGCCCGCCCUCCAGUGACGAGGAGGAGACCCCCGUCCCCGUCUCCAGCGCCCCAGAGCUGUCGCCUUUCCACUCCAUAGACCCCGCCGGCCAGCCCCCCUCCCCUGCAGCCGCGGAUCCCAAACGCAGGGACGUCUGCAACCCACUCUCAGGGGCCUUUUCAGGCGUGUCCAACAUCUUCAGCUUCUGGGGGGAGAGCCGUGAACACCACUACCAAGAGCUGCCCCGCUGCCCUGCGCCCGCCCACACCGCCCUCAACAUCCCACUGGGCAGCACUGUCCCCCUUGGCCGGAGGCAGCGCUGUGAGCUGGAAGCACGCUUGGACCUGCUCCAGAAGCAGAUCAACAGGCUGGAGAGCCGCCUAACCGCGGACGUGUCGGCCAUCCUGCAGCUUCUCCAGCGCCAGGCCGUGUUGGUGCCUCCUGCCUACAGCGCCGUCUCCUCUCCGCUUCCUCCAGCGGCCCCGGGCCCCGGGCCGGCCCCAGGGGAGCCCCCCCUGUCCAUCAGCCCCACCCGGCCUCAGGCGCUCCACACCCCAGCUCAGGUUUCCCCUUUCCCGGGACCCUGCAUGGACUCGGCCCACCCCCAGGACGUGCUGCUGCUGGUGGACCCGCUGCCCCCCACCCCCCCUCGGCGCCUUUCGCUCCCGGGGCAGCUGCCCGCCCCCCCUCGGCCUCCAGCCCCUCCGGACCUCUCCACGGACUUGCACAGAUACUGCUCGGACCCCGGCAGUUAAUGGACUUUGCGGAGGCGGCCCCAGCGGAGGGCCUUUCUGGGAGUUGGAAGCGGCCCCCACCCACCCGUAGUGGUCGGAGAGUGGGGCGCACCAUGAGCCCCAAGGAUGGUGGUGAUUGGCUGCCCAGGGGGCGUGGCCAGAGCAGGGGCAGCCCCCCCCCACCCGCUGUGAUGUUAGCUGGCCUAACAGGGGUGGGCCAGUCGCCGUGGUGACCGCCAGACGAUUGGCUGGUGCGGACGGCAGCGAGCGGACUGAUUGCUUGCAGGAAUAGCGGUUGUGAUAAUGACUAAUAAUAACUGUUAUUAAUAAUAAUACUGAUAAGGGUUAGAAUCCCCUCCCUUGUGAUCCCCAAACAUAUCAGACCAGUAGGAUAUGCAGAGCCACCCGUGGGUCCAAGAAGGGGCGGGGCCAGAGGGGAAAGGGAGGAAGCGGGGGGGAAGGGGGAGACACCCAAGGGAUCCGGGGAGAAGGCGGGGCUGCAUUGGGGUGCAAGAAGAGGCAGGCUCCCCCUGUUUGGCCCAGGUGGGUCCUUCUGGGGUCUCUCUUAGCUUAGAAUCACAGAAUGGCAGGGUCAGAAGGGAUCCCCAAAGGUCAUCUAGUCAGUGCUGUCAACCUUCCCUUUUAUUGGCGGGAAAUUCCCUUAUUCCAGCCCUUAUUUUCAAAUCCAAAGGGUUGACAGCUAUGCAUCUGGUCCGACCCCUUGCAAUAAUGGGGAGGGGGUCUGCCCCACGCCCAGCCCCCAUCUGCCUCUCUGGGUGCCCACUCAGAGCCAUUGACCCUUGGUGUGUGUGUGGGAAGGGGGGACACCUAGAGCCAGAGUGACCCCCAACAGGAGUCAAAGGAAAGUGAGUGGUCCUCCCCCCAUGUGGGUCCCCCACAGGCACCCCACCUUGAGCCCUUGCCAGAGGUUUGAUCCCCGCAGGUGAAGCUUAAGCUGUGGGGCAGCCCCUCUCCAAAGGCAAGUGGGGGCUUGUGCACAAUUCCCGGGUUUGGUUGUCUGAAAGGGCUUCUUCCCCCCCCCCAGCUGACUUCGUCUCCCUCCCCUCUGUGGGGAAACUUCCUGAUCUUCCUAUCCUUUCACUUCGCUGCAAAUAGGGAGCAGGGCAGCCUCUCAAGCCAUCUGAGUGACCCCUACCUCUCUCUCUCUGCCCCCCCCAAUAAGACCCACAGCCCCCUGGAAGUCGGAGUCGGGGCAAGGGGGUUGUGCUGGCUGCAUCUCCCGCCCCACUCCGAGGGGGGGGAAGGAGGAGUUAAACUCUUCCCCGCAAACAAGACACUUUCUUACAAAGUGGGGGCAAAGGCAUUUCUUGAUCAAUCGG